GGUUAACUCCAGGAGUUUUCUGAUUCAAUCCAAAUGAAACAGAAAUCGCACGGAAACCACACGCUGCAAGUAACAUACGCGGAUUUGGAAUCGUUUAAAGUUCUGCCUUACGAUAAUAGUUUUUCGACAUUUAGUCGUUUAAGAGUAGCCGGUCGCGUCAAAUACCAAAAACCAAUGAUGUGGUUGUUCACGUUCGGCUUCCUUAUAGCGGUUACAGGUACGCCUGUGGGAGCAACGUGUCCCGUGGAGUUCAGCCCUUCCAGUGUGGUCGUGGGGUACGGAGACUCAUUCUCUACCAACUGCACCUCGCCAUCCAACGUGACGUUGGGGAUGGGCUGGGAAUCCCAGAUAGAUGGAAUCCCGUUUACAGAAGGGGUUUCCUUCCUAACGUUAAAAAUAGACCUCGUAAAUCUCUGGGAUUUAAGUCCGAUGUGCUUCAUCACUGGCAAAGAUCAGGAGCAGUGUUAUAAACCCCUGCCAAUCAUCGUUUACAAACUCCCAGAUAGUGUGUCAAUGUCAGAUAUAAGUGAGGGACGCCCACUUAUUGCGGGAACAACAUACAAGUUCCAGUGCCACAUCAUUGAUGUUGCACCAGCCAAAUACCUUGCCGUCUACUGGCACGCGGGACAUAAGAUAAUUUCUACGCAGACAUUUUCGGAUACCAGUCCGUCGCCGGUCAACAAGACAUCAGAGGUCUCUUGGAAGCCUGACAAAGAUGACAACGGAGCUCUGGUAUGGUGUGAGGCCAAGCUGAAUGUGAUGCCGACUGGAGCAAGUCUUCCUUCAACAAUGUCAAGGACGCAACGAGUGUCUGUCCUGUACGCGCCGACUUUUGACCAGCCCCAGAAUGAAACGCUUGAAGAAACUAAAAGAGAUGUGUAUUUAAAUUGCACGGCAAAGGGAAACCCCAAACCGGUGUUUACCUGGCAGUUCCCGCGUCCCGUCGAGCCUUUGGAGGAGCAGAAAACUAAGAAUGCACUCACCUUGGACCGGUUUCUUCAGUUUCCUGGUACCUAUAUCUGCACAGCCUCCAACAGCGAAGGAAGCGCAAUCAAAUACUUCACCAUCGUCAAAGCUCCGAGGAAUCGAACAACAUUUGCGGCCAUAGUUGGAUCUUUUUCCUGCCUGGCAGCGGUCCUCCUUAUUGCUGGUCUGUUUUUUGUGCAACCUGACGGGACAUUUUCACUCAGCAAAGGCAACUACCUCAGAGGACGACCCGUGUGAGGAACUGUUUUAAAGUGUGUGUGUGUUUUUUAUUAUUAGAAAUGAUUUUUGCAUGGCUUUUAAAUAAAUUUUUUUUUUAUUUUUUUAUUUUCCUAUCAGUCAGAGGUCCCCAUCUCAGUGAUAUUUCACCUUCGUUUCUAACCACAGGGUAUUGAAAAUACUGGUAUUUGUGGGGAGACAGAAACAUGCAAGUUAAUACAUUUCACUAGACACCAACAGAUGUACAAUAAUUGAGAAUAUAUUCAUCUUUUACUGUAAAAAG